AUGCGAGGGUUCUCGUCCCCGCAUUGGGAGGUUCGAAACGCCGCGACGCUCGCGUUCGCCGCGCUCCUCGUCAAAGUCUGCGGGUUCAUGAACACCGCAGACUCCGCGUCUUCGAAAAGCGGCGGCGGCGGCACGGGACGACGCGGCGUCACCGCGGAUGAGUUCUUCCACAGGUUCUGCGACCUCCACCGGUUCCUCCUCGACGAACUCGCCGCCGCCGGAGACGCGCUCGACGCCCGCGGCGCGCUCCACCCGAGCCUCUACCCGAUCCUCGCGAUGCUCUCGCGCUUGCGCGCGUCCGCGGCGCGCGCGCAGAGAGAAGACGACGUCACGCGCGUCGCGCCGUCGGACUUCAUUCCGAUCGUGCGGCGGUGCGCGGCGGGGCGGCCCUACGCCGUGCGCGCCGCGGCGGCUCGCGCGUUGGCGCCCCUCGUGAACCCGGGCGCGGCGGCGACCGUCGUCGGCGACCUCCUCUCCGAGCUCGCGCCGCGCCGCGGCUCGCGCGGCGGCGGCGGGCCGGUCGUCGGGUACAACGCCGCGCACGGUGCGCUGCUGUGCGCGCGCGAGGUGGUGCUCGCCGCGCGAGGGGCGGGUGGGGGCGCAGAAGCAGACGGCGCGUCCGCCGUCGCGAACGUCGCCGCGGAGGGGUUGCUUCGCUGUUCGUACCUCGCGACGGGCACGCCCGUCGCCGCGGUCGCGACGGAGUGGCUGCGGUGCGUCGAGGCGGUGCUCUCGCUCGCGGAUGAUGCUGACGUGUCGUCGUCCGACGUGUCGUCCGACGUGGCGGCGUCGUCCUCGCUCGCGGCGCUGCUCGAAACCGCGCGGCGAUCGUGCGACGUCGCCGCCGGCGCGCGUCGAUUCGUCGCGCUCUCCGGCGGAGGCCGACGCGCGGAGGCUGCCGCGCGGAUGGGAACGUCCGUCUCCCCGGGGGACGCGACGUGGUGCAAGGUCGCCGCGCGCGUCGCCGUGACGCUCGCGACGACGACGCGAUGGCGCGAACGGGACGGGGACGAAUCGAACGAAUCGCACGACGCCACGUCGGCGGCGCUCGCGUGCCUGGCGAGGACCGCGCCGUACGAGGCCAGAGCCGGCGCGAUGAAAGCGCUGCGCGACCUCGGCGGGGUCGACGCGGUGACCGCCGCGGGGCUUGACGUGCCGCGGAUGCGGACGUUCCUGAUCGACGAGCUGCUUCCGGUGGAGACGCGGCACUCGUGCGCGCGGCGCGCGCUGGGGUUGGUCGCGGCGUGGACGGAAGCGGCGAGCGAAUCACAGGAUAAUCCCACGUCAGCGGAAUCGUGUUCGGGUUCGGGUCCCUCGAACGGCGUCUCCACCUCGAAAUCGGUCGCCUCGCUCGAGGCGAGACGCGCGACGUACGCCAGGGCGAGCGCGAAGCUCGCGCGGUCGCUCGCGACGUUCGCGACGAUGCCCGGGGCUAUCGCGCGCGCGCACGUCCGCGCGCGCGGCGGCGAGAUAUCCCCCGAGCGCGAAGAAGACGACGCGGCGGCGCGAGGCGUCCUGUUGAAGAUUUUGUCCGACGAGGUCGUGCGCGAAGCCGCCGAGGGCGGUGAUGAUGAAUCAAUUGCUGACGUGGAAGAUGCCGAAGAUGCUGACGUGGACGAAUCGGAAGACGACGAGUGGCGGCUCGUCGAGUCCAUCGCGCGUCGCGGCGCGCACGAGCGCGUGCGGUGCGCGGCGUUGGCGUGCCUCGGCAGACUCGCCGCGGUACGCGUCGCGCGGUGGGAAGCGGCGGCGAAGGCGACCGGGGGGAUCCCUCCGCCCGCGGUCGCCUCGCUGACGGGGCUCAUCGCCGCGGGCGCGUCCCCCGAGCGCCCCGCGGACGUGCGGCGCGCCGCUGCGAGCGCGCUCGCGGCGUCGACGCUCCUCUCGCGCCUGCCGCCCGCCAAAGUGUCGGACGAGACUGUCGGAGAAAAUAACGCUCCGACGCUCGGCGAGCCGAUCCUCCGCGCGUGGCUCGCCGCGUUCACGAUGAUGGAGGACGAGGACGAGGACGUGCGCGACGUCGCAAGUCGCGCGGCGACGCGCGCCGACGUCGGCGUUCCGUCCGACGCGCAGACGGAAGCGACGCUCCGCGUCGCGUUCGCGAACGUCGCCGACCGCCUCGCGCGGUGGCCGCCUUUCGAGCGAUUCUUAUUCAAGACGAGCUCGGGGCCGCCGGUGAGAGCGUCCGCGCUGAGAGACGCGAUCGCGGGCGUGGGCGUCGUGCGCAGGCUGUUCGACCGCGAGGCGGAUAAUCAUCACGCGGAGGCGCUUCUGCUGAGUCAGCUCGCCGCGCGCGCGUUGCGACGCGGCGGCGUCGCGCGAUCUUCCGCCGCCGCGGACGCGCGAGAGGCAGCGCUUCGCUCCGCGGAGGAAGCCGCGGCGGCGCUUUUGUUGUCCACGUCAGCACAUGCAUCUGCGGCCACGUCAUCAUCCGCCACGUCGGACGCGUCUUCGUGGGCCGGCGGCGUCACGAAUCACGAAGCCGCGUUCGCGCCCGUGUGCCGCGCGUGCUUGGCGCUCUGGGCGCUCGCGACGGACGCGCCCGCGCCGGACGCGGCGAUCCGCGACCGCGCGCGAAAGCUGGACGACGCGUUCGCGACGCGCGGGGUGUUGGGGCCGAUGGCGCGCGCGAUGUGGGUCGCCGCGCGGGGGGCGUUGGGGGUGGAGGUAGCGAGGGAGGAGCCUGACGCGGACGUCGGCGGGGCGUUCGAGAGCCUGGACCCGUGUUUUUUGCUCGAUUAGUUAGCGCGCGCGGCGUAAAACAGUCUAGAGUAUAGAGUGC